CCCGAACGCGCGGCACAGUGCAGGGCGGCGCGGGGGCGCGCCCGCGCCUGAGCGCGCGCCCGGAGGGGCGGGCUGGGACUUUUUCGGCUCGCACGCCCUUCGGCUGCCGGGAGCCCGGGUUCCCUUCCGCUUCCGACGCACUGUCCGCCAGCCGGUGGAUGUGCGGCAACAACAUGUCCGCUCCGAUGCCCGCCGUCGUGCCGGCCGCCCGGAAGGCCACCGCCGCGGUUAUUUUCCUUCACGGAUUGGGAGAUACUGGGCAUGGAUGGGCAGAAGCCUUUGCAGGUAUCAAAAGUUCCCACAUCAAAUACAUCUGUCCACAUGCGCCUGUGAUGCCAGUCACAUUAAAUAUGAAUAUGGCUAUGCCUUCUUGGUUUGAUAUCAUUGGACUUUCACCAGAUUCCCAGGAAGAUGAAUCUGGAAUUAAACAGGCAGCAGAAACUGUAAAAGCCUUGAUAGAUCAAGAAGUGAAGAAUGGCAUUCCUUCUAACAGAAUUAUUUUGGGAGGAUUUUCUCAGGGAGGCGCUUUGUCUUUAUACACUGCUCUCACCACACAACAGAAACUGGCUGGUGUCACUGCACUCAGUUGCUGGCUUCCACUUCGGGCUUCGUUUUCACAGGGGCCGAUCAAUAGUGCUAAUCGAGAUAUUUCUGUUCUCCAGUGCCAUGGAGAUUGUGACCCUUUAGUUCCCCUAAUGUUUGGUUCUCUUACUGUUGAAAGACUAAAAGCAUUGGUAAAUCCAGCCAAUGUAACCUUCAAAAUCUAUGAAGGCAUGAUGCAUAGCUCAUGUCAGCAGGAAAUGAUGGAUGUCAAGCACUUCAUUGAUAAGCUUCUACCUCCAAUUGAUUGACGUCACUAAGAGGCCUUGAGUAGAAGUUCACCAGCAUCACAGUAGCAGAGUAUAAACCUCUUCCCAUGACUGACAUAAAACUUCUAAUGUAUGCAGUGUUAAGAUGUUUUGCAAAUACAUACCAAUGAUACAGACUAAAUGAUAGUACCCUCAUGAGAAAUAUAUGAUCCUUUUAAGUUUCUAUGCAUAUAUUUGUAUUAUACAAUUCAAUACAAUUGUAUAAUUUGUAUUAUACAAUAUACUAGUAUUACAGUAGGUAAGUGAAGCAACUAGAUUCUUUGUCUCAAAUUCAGCAAAAUAAGAUAACACAAACAGUUUUAUUACAUCAUUUGAAAAUUACUAGUAUGUUCUCUAAAAAUGUGUUCAGGUCUAAACAGGCUGUUAAGAUGUAAGCGACUGCUUAAUUCUGUGAGUUAGACUAUAGUUUUACUCUACAAUUGUUCAGUCUCCAUGCAUUGUCUGUAUUUUUAUGUUUGUAUUCACACAGAUGUGACUAUAAUAGCUAAGAAUCAGAUGGUAUUACAUUAUCCCUAAUAAUGGGGAUAAUGCUUUUAAGUGUCAGAAAUAAUACUGCUUUCUUCAAUUAAUGGCCCUUCUAUUGGGAGACCAGGCUUUUUUCCCCUUCUAUGUAAUUUUUCUCCUCUCAAGAAAAAAAAAAGUUUUUUUGAUUUUCCGUAGAAAACCAAUAUUGUCUGUCAUAAAAAAAAUCUAUCAUUAUAUAUUAUUUUGACACUUUGAAACACAGACAUACAGUAUUUCCAAUCUAGGUAAUGUGAAAAGAAACCAAACACUACUUAAGCUUAUAUAUUUCAAAUAGCUGCACCUUAGUCCAACUUUAGACUGUAGAGCUAUCAGAAUCCCCAGCCCUGGUAAUAGUUCUGGGGUUGUUUUCUUUUUCUGUAAAAAACUUAAAGGGUAAAUAAUAUCUUGGCAUAUUUAGAAAUACUUGUGACUGGUUUCAAAAUAUAAUUUCUUAAACAUCUUAUAGCAGAGUUUAAGUUUACAUUUUCUGUACAUGUUAUGCCUAAAACCAAAUACUGUUCAAGAUGAGCAAUCAGACUUUUGUUUUAUUUUUUAUCUGGGUAACAUACUAAUUUGAAAUUUUUAUCUUAAGUAAAGGAGCUUUUGAUAAUCGGUCUCCUGUACAAACAUAUUUUAAAAUAAUAAUCUGAUUUUAAAUCAUCAACAUGUUCAAAAUACUGGUGAACAUUAUUUAAUAUAAGGACUGGCUAGAACCUUAUAUAUAUAUCCCAUAUUUAUAACUGUUACCACACAGUUGAAUAUGUUGCAAAAAUUAUGGUUAUUUCUGAACGGUUGCUUUUCUUGCUGUUUUCCAACCGACCAAGAAGAAGCAUCUUUAUAAACGGGUGCUAAUUGAUAUGAAGAUCAUUUUGGUAUGCCCUAGAUAGAAUGUUAACAAUGAAGCCAAAUGUCUGGAUUUAAAACAAUUUCAAACAAUCAUUUACUAUUUUGCUUUACUUUGAAGAACAUAAAUUUAUUUCAGUUAUUCUAUCUGUAAAGAUUUAUUUGGAAUAAGAAAUAGUCCAUUGAAUUUGUGUGCUGUAAUGUGGGAAAAUGUCAUGUUUUUCACAGUUUCUAUCAAUGUGAAAUAAAAUUUAAUUUUGGCUUUA